GGCGGAGGAAGAUCGGCGCUGAGCGCAUCUUUAUAUAAUUGCGUUCACUGAGGUUAUUGCAAUUAUAAAACAUAAUCGGCCUGCUCGCUAGAUCCAGCCAUGGGUAACGAGGCGAGCCUGGAGGGCGGUGAAGGGGCCACUAUGGUGGGGUUAUCGGUUUCAGCACCGCCGAACCCUGGACAGCUCCUGAAGCCCGUCAAUGGCGCGGCGGCCGGCGCUGGAGCAUCCCUCGAACCCAGGGCGGGGGUGAAUAGGCUGGCUGGAGGGGGAGGCCCACCAUCAAGCCCAAAACUAGGCUAUGGAACCGGUGAUCGAGGGCCAGGUGGUGACUUUGGCAUGGGCGGCAUUCAAGCAAGUGGAAACCCUUACAAAAAGCCAGUCCAUGAUGGACCUAGACAUUCCCAGACUUCUUCUACACAUCAAUCUCAAAUUCAAGCUUCAUCAGGGGGCAUGGGACCCACCCAAAGCCCUGGACAACAUGCCUCCAGACGCAACCUCCAGGUGGACUUCAGCAGCAGUAGUGGUCGAACAGGCCGCUCACCGUCAGUGUCUCCCGAUAGAGCCAGUGCACCAACUUCACCAUACUCAGUACCCCAGAUUGCACCGAUGCCAAGCAGUAAGCUCUGUCCAGUUUGCAAUACUACAGAGUUAACAAAUUUUGAUGGGUCACCAAACUUCAACAAGUGUACACAGUGCCACACUACAGUGUGCAACCAGUGUGGCUUCAACCCCAACCCACACCUUGCAGGGGUAAGGAUUUUGAAUAAAUGGGAUUCUUACUAA